AAUCCGUCCGGCGUUUCACUGGAAUUCCAAUUCGUGAUCCGAGAAGUCGCUAGCUAAGCUCUUAAUUCGGAUUCGGAACACGAAUCCUAGUUGAUCGCCUCUUCCGAAAUCCACACCAUUUUUUGAAAUUCUGCCAGUAACAGAGGAGCAUACCAAAGGUUUUUCUGCUUCGCCGCUCCUUUUCGAACUUAUUCUCAGUUGAUGUACCACCGCUCAUUCCACAUGGCUCAGUCCUUUUGCAAAUCAUUUCCCAAACUCCCCAGAGGUGUUGGUGUUGUUUCGUCUCUUUCUUGUUCGUAUUUUCAUCGGAGGACUUAUUCAAACGGCUUUGUUUUCUGCCCAAAGCCGACGGCAGCGAUAACGACAAUAACAACAAGAACGGGGUCGCCACAAUCACAAUCACAAUCUAUCCGGAUAAACCUUAUAGGAAUCAGGGCAACGGGAUUCUACGCCAAGCAAAAUUUUUGUACCACUCCUACUAUUAAUAGUACGAGUGAUAAUAAGAGUGGCGUGGACUUCCUGGUAAUGUCGGACCUGCAGCUGAUGAGCCAGUGCGAGAUGUCUACUUUCAAGGCGUCGGGUCCUGGUGGUCAGCACCGCAACAAGCGAGAGUCCGCCGUCCGUCUCAAGCACCUUCCUACUGGCAUUAUUGCUCAGGCUGUGGAAGAUAGGUCACAGCACAAGAAUCGCGCAUCAGCGCUAGCUCGCUUGCGUGCUUUAUUAGCACUUAAAGUCAGGAACACAGUAGAUCUUGACAUGUAUUCACCUCCUCAAGAGCUCCUUCAAAUUCUUCCUACAAAGUCAACCAUCAGAGGAUCUCAUUGUGGGCCGCAGAUAGGGCCAAACAACCUGAAAUUCGUUUUGGUGUGCAUAUCAUAGUGAUUC